AUGCCUAGCAUCGUCAACACCGUCUACCUUUCUAUCGCGGCUGCCGCCCUGGUCGGCGCCGUUCCCCUCUCGUCCCGCAGCCCCAGUUUGGCUGUGGAGGGAAACGUCGCCGCCGUCGCUACCGUCGCCUCCCGCUCGGUCCCAUUCGACGUGGCCAAUCUCCACGAGCAAGUUAAACGGUUCCUGGGUCUCGGCGUUGUGAAUGAGCUUGGCGACAAGGCCACCACAGCAGUUGAAAAGGAAGCGUCAAAGGUGGGCAACGGCAUCGCAGACGCCGGGAAAAAGACCGUCCAGGGCGUCGCAGAUGCAGGCAAAGCCGUCGGCAAAGGAGCUGUGGCGGCAGGGAAGGGCGUCGCAGAUGCUGGCAAAGCCGUCGGCAAAGGCGUCGCAGAUGCAGGGAAAGCCGUCGGCAAAGGAGCUGCGGCGGCUGGCAACGAGGUCAAAGCUGAGGCUAAGAAUAUUGGCAAAGCUGCUGAAGUCGGGGGUAAGCAACUUGUGGACGGAUCCCCUGCCAUCCAGGCGGGCAAGAAGGGAGCAGAGGCCGUCAAGAAAGGUGCGCUUAAAGGUGUGGCCGCUGCGGCAGGCGCAGUCGCAAAUGGAGCCAACAACGUCGCCGCCAAGGCUGACAAGGGCGCGGGCAAAUAA